AUGUUGAUUUCAGUAGUGUCAAAGAUUAGAUCAAAAUUGUGUCAGAAAUUUGAUUCUGGUCUAAGAUACUACUCUCAUUCUAAGCACGUGAGUGGAUUUAGUGAUGGAUAUGAAGCUGGGAAAAUAUUAUUUAGUCAGAAUUACAUUGACAUGUGCAAGAUAAAUACAAUCAUGGACAUAAAACCUGGUGAUAAAAUUCUAACAGUAGCUGCAAGUGGAACCCAUGCACUUUCCAAACUUCUUGCCGAUCCUGAAGAAGUCGUUGCAGUUGACAUCAGUCGCCCUCAACUACACAUGUCAAAGCUUCAAGCGACUGCCAUUAAGUUGCUUUCAAGAGAGGAGUUUUGCAAGUUUAUAGGCAUUAACAGAAAGAGUACCCCUUCAAAAGAAAGAAUAAAAAUGUAUAGAUAUGUCAGGUCUGCUCUGGAAACCGAUACUAGGACCUUUUGGGACAGAGCUAUAGACGACAUCGGAAAUGGUGUAAUUUAUUGUGGAGAACAUAAUAAAGCAUGGUGUGAACCAUUGCUGGAUAUUCUACCUAAUAUUCACGACGAAGCGACAAUUCAAAAGUUCCUGGCACUUGGGAAUGAUAUGGAUGAGCAAAUUCAUUUUUACGAUGAAAUUUGGAACACACCGAUGUGGCGCUUGAAAUAUGAAGAAAUGUCACGUAACAAUUCAUCUUUUUCAAAAAUGAAUGAGACAUUUGAGGAUGUUGGUAUUAAUCAUGAGAAAAUGUCUUUAAAUCUAUUUGAUCGCUGGAUUAGACAUGUUCCAAAUAACAAAAAUGAAUUCCUAGAAGUGCUCCUCACUGGAGAAUCCACUGGAGCAUGCCGACUGAAUUCUUAUCUUAGAGAUAGUAACUAUGAGUUCAUAAAGGAACGUUUGCCUAGAGUGAAAUGGGUUGAGAGGGACAUGAUAGAAUAUCUGAAAGAGUUUGCAUCUAAGAGGAAUUUUGUAAAAUUUGAUGGUGUUAACCUUUCUACCGUUCCUGUUUACAAUGGCCGAAUACCUGACAUAGUGUGUGACAUGAUGAGUAACGCAGUUGCAAUAUGCAACAGGGGUGCCAAGCUUGUAUAUUACACACCAUUCAUAGAGUUGAGAAUUCAAUUCCCAAAGAAGAUGAUUGAAAAUGGUGAGUUAACAUAUGACGGGCAAGAUCUGUCAUGUGGUAUUCUUACUCCUAGAGUUGCCACCGUGCAAUAAGAACAACGAAACAAAUUGGACUAGAGUUCUUGUUGUAGAUUAGACAAGUAAUAAGGCCAAAUUUCAUCCUCAUCCUCAUUUCAGUGAAAAGUUUUCAACAACAAUAUAUUUAUAUCACUUGCGUGACUUUUUCAACACUUCUAAAAAAGUUUGGGCAAAAUCUCCAUUGAUGCAAUAUUAAAAUUUUUAAAACAUUGGUUCAUU